AUGACUGUGCUGGGAAAUGGCUCAGUGAUCCUCAUCGCGGGCGCCGGGCCCGCGGGUCUCGCGCUGGCGCAGAUGCUGCGCAAGGGAGGCGUCCGGUUUGAGAUCUUCGAACGCGAUGAAUCGCGGCCGCAGGGCUGGUCUGUAGGACUCGACAAAUGUCUGGACGAGCUGGAGCGUCUGCUGCCGAGCGACAUCCCCGGGUUCGCGACGCUGAGCCCCAACUACGCACUGAAAAAGCUGGACGCGUUCACGGUCAUGGACGGCAUCACGCACCAGGUCGUCGGGGUCACGGGGUCCAAGAGCCUCGAGGAUCAGGGGCGGAUGUUCUUCUGUCCCCGCGAGAAGAUCCGGAACAUGCUCAUGCCGCACACCAACCUCCAAGCCGGCAAGCACGUCACGGGCUACCGAGAGGACGCGGACGGGGUGACGCUGCUGUUCAAAGACGGCACCUCGGCGCGGGGGACACUGCUCGUGGCCGCCGACGGGGCGCGGUCCCCCGUGCGCAGACAGCUGCUGGAGCACAGCCCCUUGAUCCAGACCAACUUCCACAUGAUCCACGGCAACGUGCGGCUCACGCGCGAGCAGUGGGCGCCCAUCCUGGAGCACUCGUCGUGCGGCAUCCUGCUGGGCACCGACACAUGCAAGUUCUACUUCCUGCUCACGGAGCACUGCGACAACGGCGAUGCCUGGUUCAACUGGAACACCGCGUACCGGAGCACCGACUACGCCGCCGACGACGCGUGGAUGUCUUCUGCGACCGCCGAGCAGCUCCGCGACCGGGCGCUGAUGGUGAUCAAGGACCUGCCCCCGUUCUUGCGCGACAGCGUCCGCCUCACCCCCGUCGAGGGCAUGCAGCGCCCGCCCGUCAAGCUGGCCGAGACCAUCCUGCCGAAUCAGCUCCUCCCGCGUGGUAACGUCACGCUGAUGGGCGACGCGGCGCAUUCCAUGCUCCCGUUCCGCGGCAUGGGCGCCAACACGGCCCUCAGCGACGCGUGCGAUCUGGCCAAAGCCAUCAUCGACGGGGUCCGCAAUUCCAGCACGGUGGACUCGGUUCUGCAGGCGUACGAGAGAAUCAUGAUCCCGCGCGGACGGGAACACGCACUCUUAUCCCAUGCGGUCGGAGAGGGCGCCGUGGCGAGCGAACUCGCCGGCGGUCGACUCGAGGAGGACGGAGGACCCAGGCCGUGA